UGGCAUUUUUCAGGACUCUUUGCUCUAUGUUUAGAAUGUUUCUACUUCUUAUCCUCCUUCUGAAAACGGUCUUAAUGAUGAGCGAACUUACAGAUAUGUUGGAAGAAUAUAAAUACCGAGUGAACCUUAUAAGCUAUGUUCUUAGUGAUAUCCAAGACCAAAUACAAAGAAAUCUCCAGAAAUCUAUUAGUUAUUCGCACGUCAGAGACUACACAGGCGUUAUCUUAGGUGUUUCAGAAGAAGUGUUACUAAUUUUUGGAUAUCUCCAGAUAUUCCUAUGAGUACUCACUAUCUUGAGGGUCGAAAGGGCAGCAUUCUACCUCAAUUUUACUGUGAUUUUCAUGUGUAUGUUCAUCCAGGAGUUACCAACUGCAAUUGAUGAUUAUGAGCGUCUGGCCAAAUUUGUUGUACCCUUGAUGAUUGUUGUAAAAUACCUUAUAUUUGGAGAUAAGAUAGUAAGAACUGCAGAAAAUAUUCCUGGUCUAACUUCCUCAAGUCAAAAAAAUAAGCAGAUCAUUGGUGUGUCAGCAAGUACCUUAGCUUAAAUAAAUUAUGAGGAUCAAUAUCAGAUAUUUAGUUCA